AUGUCCCGCUCAUGCCGGGUCGCGCGCUGCGGAAUGCGACAGCUGGGUUUAAAUCUUCCUGUUCUCACCACAGCACCCGGUCGAGCCGCGUUCAGUUUCAUCGGAGGUGACCCACAGCCGACAGUGAACAUGGCGCCGUUGGCGUACUCGGCCGCCGUGGAGCAGGCGGCCCGGGGCACUCCGGUGCCGGUGGAGGCGAUGAGCAAGCCCGUGUGGCACGCGCACGUGGUUAUGUCGCCCGAGCUGCGCGUGCAGAUGAACAGGACUCAGCGCGCGGCGCAGGCGAGCGCGGAGCGCGCAGCCGCCGCUGCGGAGAAGGGCAGGGCGAGGAGCCGGUCGCUCAUGAUGAGCGGUCCGUCCACCUCCGCGGGCACGGGCGCGACGUUCAGCGUGAGCGAAGGCGACGCCAUGGACACCUCGUCAGACGAGAGCUCGUCCUCGGACGAUGAGCCCAUCGCUCUCAUCGCCGAGACGCUGAAGACGUCGGCGUCGCCUCGCGCGAAAAAGCCGAGGACGAAUGAUGACGAUGGCCCCGCGACGUCGACCGCCCCCGAGCCGCGGGAGCGGUCCAAACUCGUGGAGCAAUCCGACCGGGACGUCGUCGCCGCCUCCCUGCACAACCCGCUGGUCCUCACCUACGACCCGAACGCCGCCGCGAGGGACGCCGCGGCCAACCGCGCGCGCAUCAAGGCGCUGCAGAGGAGGCUCAGGGAACUCGGCGCGUUCGACUCGCCGAUGGCGCGAUACGCGCCCGUGUUCCUCAACAUGGUGUUCGAUCCGGCGCAGCCAGCAAUCGCGGACGAGUUCCUCUGGGACGUCCUGGGCGAGAGCGUCAAGUCGAUCGGGCGGUUCGCGUGCGGGAUCGUCGCCGACUUGAACGUGCCGGACUUUGCGGCGGGUCACGUCGAGGCGAAGAUGCUCCGAGACGUGCGCCGGCACUGCGAGUCGUGGACGGCGGGUUUGGAGCGGAUGUCGCGGGAUUUGAAUGGACGGUCGAAAGGAGGAGAGGGAGAGGGCUAUAUUGAAGGAAGAGAGGGCUCGGAAGGACGAGAGGGCUCGGAAGGACGAGAGGGCUCGGGAGGACGAGAGGGCUCGGGAGAUGACGGCGGGGAGGGGACGGUGA